AGCCCGAUUUCGUCCCCCCUCCCACCCUACCCAAGCCUUGAUAGCUUACGCCCCAAAACAGGUAGCAAUCGAGGUUAGGGAAAGGUCGAUUAAUCCCAAGUUGCAUGCCUUUCCCUUGUUUGAACAUAUGUCGUUCAAUGACUGGGCUGAAUUGAUAUAUGUCCACCGACAUAAGAGGGAAAACUUUAUUGAUGCCCUCAAUAGAAUGGCGGAAGCGACGGUGGCGGUGAUAAAUGAAGUAGAAAAGGAGGAUAGGAUGAUCAAUGCGACCACGAUUGAAGCAAAGACCAAGUUUGUGAAAUUAUGGUCCACUGACUCUCAAUUUCAUAACGAGAAGGAGGUACGUAAGGUGACGAUUGAGGACGGGGAGGCUUUAGAAGACGAGGAGGAUGGGUUGAUGGAGUUAGAGAAGGAGUACCUGAGGAAGAAGGACGCGGAGGUGGUGAAGACAAAGGCCUCCUUAGAAUCAACAAGAAAAAGAGGUUUACGGAUACACAUAGACAAAAGCACAACCAUCAUGUCGAUGUCAGCGGCGCAGGCGAGGGCAGCUCUUCAAGAGGUGAUGCAAUACGCGGAGGAGGGCAUCCACUACGAUGACGACGGGGAGCUUGAACUACUCACGGAGAGAGUGCCGAGUUACUUCGAUGUGAGAGUGAACAUUCGUGCAAGCAUCGCUGCGAACGGAGAGGAGUCGCUCAGAGCACGGAUGCUAUUGGCACGGUUCACUGAGGCGCAUGAUUUGCGUGUAGACAACAGUGUUGAUACUAGUGCAUACAGCUUGAGAAAAGUGGUUGGUUGGAUGUGCACAGAAGGGAUGUCCGAUGAAGGCGACGUGGAUAUGACAAAGCAGCAGAAGGGGGGAACAUACAUGCCAACCGAUUUCAAGCAGACGCUGAUGACACAGGCGAAGAAAUGGGGAAUGUUUGUUGAAAAUUCUAAGGACGAGAUGAAGAGCGGUGCAGCAGAAAUUUUAGUUCUCUCAUGUUUGAAGGACGUACCGCAAACUCCCCCGCAAGACUUCCAAGAUUUUCCAGUAAUUAUCGCAAACGGGGUGGAGUAUGUUUUACUCGACCAACUGGUGGAUUUCAUAAAAAAGAAACCUGACGAUCGGAAUGUCAUACAUGAGGCAUUGCAUAAUAUGACAGAGCAAGCACUGGCGGGCAAGGAUCUCAUUAACUACAGGGUUCGGAGUGUAGGAUGGAAGUUGGUGGCCAGGGAAGCAGAUGUUGCACUUCAUGCAGCAGAUGGAUUCAGCAGGGGAAGAAAUUGUGAGAACAGUCUCCAUCAGGCUGCAAGGUGGCAAGAGAACAAUCUACGCAGUGAUUAUUGGCUAGAAGAAGCGCACGUCAUUUUGUGGUACCGCGACUGGCGCACAACGUUCGCUGACCUUGUAUGUGCUGCACUGCACAACGUUGAAACGGUUUCUUGCCUCGAAAUAGCACCUCCCGGGGAGGGGAUCAACAUAUGUGGCUCUCGUACGGGCCAGUUGAGUCACCAUGUCCAAACUCUUAUCAGAGCGGACAAGGGUGUGGACACGAAUGGUAAAACACGUUAUGUCAUCCCUCUGUCUCUGUAUUCAGACAAGACUCAUGUAGACGGUCGUCCAAAGCAGUCAGCAUAUCCUCUGAUGAUGUCAGUAGCCGAACGCGCAUCGGACGCCACACUCCUUGCUCAUCUUCCUUUGCUUCAACACCGGCCACGUGACAAGGGUUGGGGUCUGCACUCCACAACGUUUAGAAAACAGAAAGCUGUGAUACUGCAUAAAGCGUUGUCAAUAGUAUUGCGGUCCGCAAAGGAGGCAUCCCAUAACGGCAUGAUAGUUACAACGGAGCGGUUCGGUGAGAUAACAGUCCACCCUUUCGUCAUGAACUAUAUACAGGACUAUCGUGAAAGGUGUGCCCUUGCAACUGUGAAAUUCGGUGUUUGUCGAACAAGCACAGUGUCCAAAGACGAUUUUGAUGCCAUCGCCGAUUUCGCCAACUGCAGGAGAUCGCAGACGCUAGACACGCAACUUGCUGCGAACUGCUUCAACAAUGGGGACAACGAUAUUCGUCGUGCCGCAGAGACACGAAUGUCAGAAUUGAACAAGCAUAAGCAUGUUCAAGAGAACGGCCUUUGGGGAUUCUACAGGGGUCCACAUGGUGACGAUCCUCAACUAGAUUACCAUCUCGCUUUGCAACCGGACCGUAUGCACACCUUUGAACACGGCAUUUUCUUGCAUAUGAUAGAUGCAUUCAAGGCAGCAGCUUAUAAGAAGUUGCCGGAUAUCGCGCAAAGCGAGAUAUUGCACGAGAUGGAUGCGAGGUUGCAGAGCUCAGUGAGAGAUAUAGAUGGUGUGCAUUUGCCGGAGGUGGAGGGUAUAAGCAACGCGGCGUUGAGAAUACUUAACGAGCUUUCCUGCAGAGAGGAUUUUCGAGUUGCGCUCACGACGUUCAUGAGCGAGAACGGCUGUCAACCUCCAUCUGAUGACCAAGUGAUACACGCUCGAACACACUUGACUAUCGCGUGCACAUACGACGAGACGCACAGGGACGCAGGCGUUCAAACGGCAAGAGCUUCACCACAGUUCCACGGGAGAGCCGUGCACAGCGAUGUUGCAGUGAGAGGGGGCAAUCGGUCGAGAGGUAUGGCUGCAGAGGCUGGAAAGAGGCCUGAGAGGGUGGACGAGGAACACUUGUUCCCGUUCACGUGGAAAUCAAGAAGACAUGCGAUAGCGAUAACGAAACGGGAUGUAUUGCGAUUGGGUGCGAAGCAGUGGCUGAACGACGACGUGAUCGAUAUGUACUUACAGUCCGUCUAUGAAGAACAUUUCCUUGCACAGGACAACACGACACUUCAUGUUUGCACAACUUUCUCGCAUCCCGCGGUCAUCGUCAAUCAGAAGGUUUAUGUCGCGAAAUGGCAGGAGCGGAUCAAGAGUAGACCUGCAAAGCUGUGUCGAAUAAGCAAUCAACUGCGAAAGGCAGCUGUUGUUCGCAUCCCUGUGAAUCACAAAACCCAUUGGAAAUUGCUCUUGUUACUGAAUGUCAGUCAGUUUUUGGCAGUCACGGAGGACAAUGAUGGGCAAAAAUGACCUGUUGCGAUCGUCAUGGAUUCCUUUCAACAGAGCGCCCGACAGGAAUGGAAGGCGUUGCGCACAUUUUUGUGGUAUGAAUACCUCAACGA